CUCUUGUGACGUCGCUCUUGGGUAGUGAGGCAAGAUGGCUACAUCGGCUUGGCUGCGUGGUCCAUCUGCUAUGCGACUAACGGAGGGCUUGGUGUCGGUUCUGAAAGAGCAGCGUCCCGAGUAUUUACCCGCCCUGUUGGCCAACUACAGAGAACAUGGCGUGUUUCAGACGCAGGGCGCGGGUGCCGUCGGGGGUCUCGUCGGUUUUGGUAAUGCCAAAUUGGGCUCGAGCAAGACCAGGUUUGAGGGGCUUUGCCUGCUCUCCAUGCUGGUUAAGGACAGCUCCAGUGAGCUCUUCCAGCAGCACUGUGUUACCUGGCUGCGCUCCCUGCAGCAGGUCAUACAGUCUCAGGCUCCCGUGCAGACCAUCCAGCUGGCGGUGAACAUUUUGAAGGACCUGCUGCAGUACUCGUCCCAGCUGGCUGAGCUGGCCAGAGACGUUGGCCUCAACUCCAUCCUGGGCAUCCUGACGUCUCUGCUGGGCCUCAAGGCCGAGUGUGAGCUGGCAGCCAUGGAGGGGAUGACAGCCUGCAUGACCUUCUACCCCAGAGCCUGCGGAUCCCUCAGGGACAAACUGCGAGCUUAUUUCCAUUCCAAAAUGGACAGCACCAACAAGAAAACACAAGAGAUGGCCUGCAUGUGUUAUGGUCGCCUGCCCUCUCUGGGGGGUCUGUUGGACAGAGGUGUGGGUGCCGGGAAAGCUGAGGGCUGGACCAAUCAGAUUCACUGCCUGCUGGCCUCGGCUAAUGGGAUGCUGGCUCAGAUAUACCAAGGCUCUGAAACAGAUGGUGCGGUGCAGUAUGAAGGCCCGGGCGUGGAGCUGGCCUUCCCUCACCUUGACCACUCGGAUCCUCUGCUGCUGAUGCAGCUUCAGCACCGAUACACCGCUGUCUGCUUAGCGCUCAAAUACACACUCGGGGUGGAUCCAGCAUCCCCUGUCCGUUUGCCUGUCCGGCCAAUACUCAACCUCGUUUGCAGGGUCCUCGCCGUCAGCUCCAAGAGCAUAAAUUUAACAGGAGAUGGAAGCGUGAGGUUGCUGGUCUUGCCCGCCAUAUACACCAACACACUGGAGGUUUUAUCAGCUCUUAUCACAGCUGUGCGUGGCAGCAUGGUCCAGUACGCUGCUGUUCUACAGAGGCUGUUCUCUCAAACCCUGUCUGCCUGGACUCCUCCUCCUGAAGCUAGUUUGGGACAACAGAGAGCCUAUAGCUCGGUGCGCGUAUCAGUGUACAGAACCUUAGAGCUGUGGGUCCAGGCAGCCGGAGCCUCUGCAAGUGUCCUUCAAGGAAGCCCCGGCCAUUCAGAACUCCUCUUCACUCACCUACUCAGUGACAUCACACCGGGCGCAGAGUCGGUCAAGCUCCGGGCGGGACUGUCGGCAGACGCGGUUCCGGGAGGGAAGCCCGGACCACGAAGAACAAAAUCUUUGGUCAUAGCAGACUCUGUCGGACCAUCGCUCCAGAGAAAAGGAGACCUUCUGGCUAAUCAGGAUACUUGUCUUUCGGCCCUCAGUGCACUGAGGCAAAUCAUUCUGACCAGUGGUACACUGCUGAAAGAUGAUAUACACAAGCGUCUCCACGACGUUGUGCUUCCGCUGUGUGUGCGUCUGCAACAGCAGCAGUCCAGCAGCAGCACCUCAUGUGAAUCUGCAGGGUGCGUCAGUGGGCAGUACAGCAGCGCCCUCCCCCGACGUGAGCUGUACAGGUUAUUACUGGCUCUGGUCCUGGUCCCAUCGCCCUGUUGGCCUCCUCCUCUGACGUGUGCCGUGUCCAUUCUCAGCACCGGACGCAAUGAUCACAACCUCAAGGUCUCCACAUUCUGCAAUGAGGCUCUCACAGUCUGCAACUCCCUCCUCCACCCCCGCACUCACUCCAUUGCCCUCCCCUUGCCAGCCCUCACUCUGAAACCCACCCCAAGUGCUCCAGUUCUCCCUUCCUCCCAGGGGUCUACCAGUGGACUCACUCUGCCGACGCUUCUCGGGGGCCCGGUCCCCGGUCCUCCCUUUCCCACCCGACAUUCCCUUGGUCUGGGACCUGCUUCCCUCCUGGGUUCUUUGGAGAACCACCUCUCCCUGGUGCCGGGUCUGCCAGGCCAGGCGCCCACUCCAGGAGACAUGCUCCUGUCCCAUCAGCCGGACCCUGCCGGGCUGGGCCUCCCAGAGGGGCAGAGACCGGUGUUCGUCCGCUACGACAGGGAAGAAGCGGAGGAUGUGGAGAUCUCUCUGGCUAGUGACUCGGAUGACAGCGUGGUCAUCGUUCCCCCGGGGAUGCUCAACAUGGAGAACCAGCAGGAGGAGAUGGCGGCAGCAGGAGCAAACUCUCACAACAUGACCUCUGCUGCACCAGGAGGCGCUACAGUCACACUAGCGGAAGGAGACUCUGUUGCCAUGGUCCCCACCACAGCAACCACAACCACAAUUGACAGGGUCUCUCUCCCCAACGACCAUGCCACUUCCUCCCCUCUACUCACCAGCUCCACGCCGAUCAACUCCUUCCCUCCUCCCAGCUCCUCCGUUGUUUCCCUGGUUUCCCCUUUGAACUCCAGCUCACUCACAGUUCCGCCGGGCGGUCUGGGGGACUCUUUGCCUGGGAGACCCCAGCUCCAGCAGAUGCUGAUGCAGCCCUCGGCGCCGGGCCAGCCGGGUCCCAUGGGUCUGCCGCUUCAGAUGCACCAGCUGCAGAAUCAGUUGGGGCGGCACCAGCACCAGCCGCUGCCCGCCAGCAACGAAGACUCUGCUGUCAUCAACAUUAACAGCACUGACGACGAAGAGGAAGACGAGGAGGACAUGGAGGAGGAUGAAGAUCUGGAUGAUGAGGAGGAAGGGAUGGAGGAGGAGGAGGAGGAGGAAGAAGAAGAAGAGGAGGACGUAAGCGACUUCCCUGAAGACGAGAUAUACGACGGGGAGUACGAUAAUUAUGAAGAAGAGGAGGGAGAAGAGUUGGAGGAGGAGGAGGAGGAUGAUGAGGAUGGGGAUGGGGAUAUACCUCCACUGGAGGCUGCCGAGGACAAUGAUGGAGAGGUGGGUAUGGAGGGAGGAAAGGUGCUCAGAGCAGCGGGGGAUGAAGAGGGGUUGGCUGGUUUCAGUGUGCAGGGAGAAGCAGAAGGGGGGAUCGAGGAGAUCAAGACCAACAGAGCGCUGUUCGCAGAAGACAGGAUGAAGGUGCCAAAGGUGGAGAGCAUCGGAGUCCUGGAGGAGGCGCGCGAGGUGGGGGAGGAAGAUGAGAGCGAACGGAUGGACGACCCCACCAUGCCCCAAAUCCUGUGUGUCACCGGAGGGUCACUGGAAGAGAGGGAGGACACCGAGGAGGAAGGAGGGAUUGCUGCAUCAGAAGGAGGGCAGCAGGAGCAGGCGAGGUUGUGGGAACGGGGAGCCAAGGAGAUUGAGCUGACAGCAACUCCAGCAGAUUGCGCAACUGAUCAGAAUCAACAGGAGCUAGUUGCGCAGGCGGCACGGGAGGCCAGUGUGAGCGAUAAGCAGCCGCCCGUUCAUCAGGAGGAGCCGCUGGCCGCUGUCCAACAGGAAGACUCUGCAGCAGAGGCUCCCUCGACCUCUUCGGGGCAGAGUCCAAAAGAGCCAGAGAAGGCGUCUGAGGCUGAGAAGACAGACGGAGUCAAAGCAGAGCUGCAGGAGACAGAGGGAGAAGGAGGGAGUGAUGGAGAGGAGGGGAAAGGCCUGAAGAGGAAGAGAGAGGAGGAAGGGGCGGCCCGGGGCACUGAGAAGAAAAAGAUGGAUGAUGAAGCAAUGGAGUCCAUGUUGGCAGAUUUUGUCGCCUGUCCCCCUGACGACGAGGAUGGCACCUCCUGAUCCAAUCGUUCAUAGAAAGUCACCAACUGGGAUCGUUGCAAAGUUACCAUGGAUACAGAAGAUUAUCAAUCUCUAGGGACAUUUCCAGGGCACUGCGUGCUUACAUCACUGGUGCAUCACCCAGUAUUUAUCGACAAGAAGUUCAACACGGCUGUCCUUGCAUAUGUACGUGGUUUAUACCUACCUUGUAUGCCCUUUGUUUUGUCACCACUGUCUUUUCGCUUUGUUAUAAAAAGUUAAAAAAAUGAAAGGAGGCCUACAAUUUCCCCACUUCAUAUUUACUCACACACAUAAUUGUGUUUUUUAACUUUUGCUUUCCUUGGGUUUGUUGAUUCACUUUACAUUUACAUUACAUUGUAACUAGGAUGCAGGAAAUGGACUUUUUGGGAAAUUAGAAAACUGAUCUUAUUUGUGUGUUUUGAACAGCACAAAAUAAACUGGACUCUCAUCCAUAUUGUUUUUGUGAAGAAAUAUCAGACAGAUGUGUGAUAACCUGGACAAAUAAAACAACAGUCUAACAAGA